CUUCUGGCAUAAAAUUGGCAAGACGGGCACCUCGCGCAUUGCAGAGCAAUGUCGCCUGCGCCCGUCAGCCCCAAUCGUCCCUUUUCAAACCUGAGCAAGCUGAGCCAAGCCAGCCAGGAUCGGCAGGCGCUGGAGGCGGCAGUGGAGCAGUAUCUCACGCUGCCGGGGCAGCUGGAGGAAGAGGCCGAGUCGAUAAACCUGCAAGAAUUCUUCGACGAUAAUGGCGUCAUCCUCCCGGUCUCGCCCAAAAACUGGAGCCUGGCUGCAUCCCCGCGGCCGCUCUCAAGGAGCGUGCCCACGGAGGAGAAGCAUGGAUCGUUGUCCACGCGGCAGCAGCUGAUGAAUACGCAGAGCGCGCUGGAAAAGGCACGAAAGAUGGCUGAUCAGCAGAGAAAGGAAAGCCAGAAGAAGCAAGAGGUGGUGAGUAGCCAGGCGGUGGACAUCCAGCGCCUUAGGCACUACCACUUGCUUUUCUCGCCGCUGGGCUACGUGCCCGCGGGACCUGUGUUCAAGAGCCACCUCAGCCACAUGCACAUCGAGGAGUCCUUGCCGGUGCACAACGGCGAUCAGGAAGAGCUGGCAGACGAGGCUCUUACCACAAAAGGCCCCGGGAGUGCCAUGACCAACGAGCAGCGCUCCCUGCUACUGGCAGUGUUCAGGAAGUCAAUUGUGAAGGUCACAGGGAAAGGCCAGCGAACGGCGAUGAUGUACAGGUGGACGUGGUUUCGAUUUCUGAUCCACUGCAAACUUGUGGGCCCUGAAGACUCCUGGGAUCGCCACUACCCCGCAGAUAUGAAGAUUGCCUGGGCACUUGCCGGCAAGAUCUUCAGCCUUUUUCAGGAGCCCAACUCCAACCCCCCUGCCCUGAGCUUCAGUGGCUGGGCCAACGCUCUGCAAGCGGUGAUCCGCGCCGGGGGUCUCUACACCAAGGGGCCGAAGGUGGUGGAGGUGGUCUUCCAAACCUUCCUGCCCCGGGCGCAAGAGCAGCUGGGAAUCACGGACGAGGAGGCAAAGAAGCACCAGGCCUCCACGAUGUCAGGCGCAAGUGAUCGCAAAAGAUCGGUGACCGCAACGAGCAGAGAGCGGAGUCAGAGCAGGACGGCUCGCUCUUUGUCGAGGUCCUUGUCCAGAAGCCAGUCCCGGGGAGUUUCCCGCAGUGCUUCGCGGGCUUUGAGCUUCUUCAGCGGGGGCGGCUCCAACAUGGGAGAGGAUGACGAGGAUCUCACGAACGACGAUGGCAAGUUGCCAAUGGUGUGGCAGAUCAAUUUAGCCGAGCAGCAGAUUUGUGAGCCAGAAUGCUUGCAGCUCCUGCAUGAAUACAAGGGCUUGCUUGAGGUCUUGUUCCACAGCUAUGCGGAAGAGCCGCCGGAGGAACUCUGUGCCCAGGAGCCCCAUUUGAGCGCGGAGAAGUUCACCUAUAUGCUCAAGGAGCUGCGCUUCUACCCGGACUUUGUGCAGCAAUACUCGGUGACCAAACACCUGAACGCCAGUAUGGCGCGUCAUGGGGACGAGUGGCUGUCCUUCAGUGGGUUCGUAGAGUGCCUUUGUCGGGUUACCUUCUGCUUCCUGAACACCUAUGGCAACAACGCGCAGCAGACCAGCCCCUCGAAGUUCAAGAUGCUUUGGACGUUGGCGCUGCUGGAGAAUCGGCUCCCUCGUUGGAUCCGCAAGGGCCGUACACCAAGAGGUGACGACGACCCCUCGGGCUCGGACAGCGAGACGGAGGGGUUCACGGGCCCGCCUCAAGGCGCAAACUCGCUGUGGCAGCGGCGGGAUGCCAACUUCUCCAUCUCCGCCUGCAAGAACGAGGAGAUCGUGCUGUGGCCUACCAUGGUGGUGUCCGGAGAGGGCCUCCGAAAGCUGCAGUUCGAACGCUUGGUGUCGGUGAACUCUCGCUUUGACACCGAGAUUGACAGGGCGCUCAGCACCUUGAGGUGAGAGGCUACAGUCACUGGCUAGUGCUAAGGGCUUGGCUGCAAAGGCCAUAAGAAUUGACUCCGGAAGGGUGCAAGGCACUUGAAAUCACGAGGACAUC